AUGUCUGUAGACCCAUUUGAGAUAGUGUUUGCCGUUCCUAUGGAAUGCGGGGCAUGUGUUGAGUCGAUAUCACAAGCAUUGAAACCUUUAGAGGGCGUAACCAAGUUUGAUAUAGAUUUAAACAAGAACUUAGUUACCACUGAAGGAACUAUACCACCGAGCAGUAUUGUUCGGGCUAUUCAAAAAACCGGAAGAGACGCAAUUAUUAGAGGCACAGGAAAACCUGAUUCUGCCGCAGUAUGUAUAUUAGAGUCAUUCGACGAAAAGGAUUUCAAGCAACCGGUGAAAGGCUUGGCUAGAAUUGUUGAAGUAUCCGAUGGAAAUAGUAUAAUUGAUUUGACGGUCAAUGGUUUGCCACGAGGCGUGUAUUAUCCUUCAAUACGAUGCUCGGGAAACAUAUCGCAAGGUGCACUAUCUACAGGUGGCAUUUUUUACAAAUUAGACGCUAUCAAAGUGGACCAGCCAUCGAAUUUGACGACUACUAUAAAUUCGAUUGGGGCUGCACUUAUUAGCAACAACAACAAUGAAGAAUUGUUUUUUGGUCAAUCAUUUUUAAGUGCCAAAUUGAGUGUUAAUGAAUUGAUUGGAAGAAGUAUUGUAUUGUCCAGGUUACAAGAUAAGGUCACCUCUGACUCCUUAUGCGGUGUGAUUGCUAGAUCCGCUGGUGCUUGGGAAAACGAUAAACAAGUUUGUAGCUGUAGCGGUAAAACAGUUUGGCAGGAAAGAACUGAUGCAAUAGCUAGAGGAGUAGCCGUCUAA